AUGUCGUUAUUCGAGAUCCUCCAGGGCGGCCAGAGAGUGGAUCGAUUUGUUUCCAGACCACGCCAAGACAAUCAACGCUUUGAGGUUCCCCCUGAAGUUAGGUUGGAUGUCAACGCCCUCAACUCAGGCUGCAAAAUGCUCUUAAUGCAGGCAGUGCAUUUCGGUAACCUCAAAGUCAUCAAAUCAUUGCUUGGGCAAGAAAAUGUCGAUCUUUGCGCGAAAAAUGGGUAUGGAUACACGGCGUUGCAUAUUGCUACCAGUGAUGGCUAG